AUGUUCAAGUUACUUCACAGUAAAUGGCGUGCCAGAAUUUCACUCACGCUUAUAAUCGAUGGGUCGCAGUAUAAACAGUGGAUUGUGAUUAAAAGCGUGUCGGGAUCACCUGUCGCGUACAUGAUCAACAGGAAGAUAUCCGGGCGAGGUUGGAAGGAGCACGCAGCCUGCGGGGAAGCCAGUCGCCGCCCAACCGCCCAAGCGACAGUCAGUGCCUCGCGCCCUGCGCCUCGAGUAGCCCGACUAACGCGC